GGGGGUUGUUCUAAAUGACACAGGCGCAGUUGAUCGUGUUACUAAGGCAAUAUGUAAAUAAACCUGCUAUAUAAACGGAUAUGGUAACAACGCAGUGUAGCAGUUGCGGGUACAGAUCCAGCAAAUAAGUAGGCAAAUAUGAAGGGUAUUUUCAUUUUCGUUUGUUCAACCCUGAUAUCCGUUACAUACGGAUCGAACUUUUGUGCAUUGGGACAGGCAGAAAAUGCAACAUGUGAAAAUAACGGCAUAUGUACUACGGCAAUGUGUACAACACCACAAAUAACAGCAGCAACAACAGUAGCAACAACAACAGUAACAACAACAGCAACACCAACAACAACAAAAACACGAAAACGCAGAGAAGUAACAACCACUGCCAUUUGUAAAACAUCUUGUACAAAAAAGGAAGUUUGCCUUUACCAAUGCACAGGACAAAAGAGCACACCACUCAAGUCAGGCACCGGAUCCAUCCAACUCGCAUUGUCUCCCCUAAUACUGAUGUGUGGGAUCCUAGCUAAGCUGUUUCUGAGUGUAUGAAUAGUGAAUUGCCAACCUAAAAUGUGUCAUCCUGAUAAAUGUACGAGAGGCAUCACCUAUUGGACACAAUGACGGAUGACAUCGUAUAACAUUUCUUUACAUUACGCUUGAUUAUUAUGGAAUUGGUUUCAGCGUUAUCUAACACCGAAGAUAAUGUACUCAUUUUAAGUAUCCAAAUAUGAAGGUAUCACGCUGUUUAUAAUUUUGAGCAAUCGCCAAAUAUAUUUCUAUUCAUCGCGUUCCAAGAAAACAACAACGUUACUUAACAACAAAUUAUAAAUACAUUUAGAUUUUUUUAACAAGAUUUAGAGAUUCAUAAAGAUAUGAUAUUUUUUUUAUUUCUUUGUGAAUCUCAUCGUCUUGGUAAUGGCUUUGUGUGAUGUUUUAUUAAAUGUUCCUAAUGACUGCUUGAUUAACUUAAAACUAAUUGAAUCAUAUAUAGCUAAUAAAUAAUGUCGCAUGUGUUGAAUCACGUUGCUGUAUGUGAUGAGCUGCGAUUCCAUAUAAUUUUAAUAUGUAUCCAUUAUAUUUACAUAACUACCUUGAUAACUUAUUUAUUAUU